GACUGGGAGGAGGUGGGAUCUCGCUAAGGUAGUAGUGGGUUUAGCAAACGUGUACGUGCGAGCCGUGCAGAUUGCCAUCCACAAUUCCUAUUGCCAAACGACGGAUUGUUUUGGGGGGAAAUCACUAAGAGAAAGCCCCUUCGCGGGAUCCCUCCCCCCCCCCUUGCCAACAACACACAUCCAUCCACCACCUUCUUUACUUAUAUUCGGGGGUUUUUUCUGCUUCCCACUCAGACCCAGCGAGGAUCCCGUUAACCAGAGGCGCUACCAUCGUCAACAUCACAGACGGUGGGCUGUGUGAUGAGGUCGCCGUGCAACCGGGAUUUGGUUACGCUCAAAUAAAACGGUUGUUGUUGCUAGGACACUCUUCGCUUUCAUAUUGGGUCAAUUUGUCGCCUUUUUGGAGCCUCCUUGCACCCCAAGUGUGUGAAGAAAUACACAGCAGAAGAACAUAGCUUCUACUGGGGCUGAGGGAACCGCUGUGACGUGCACAGAUAGAGCAGCCACCGUGCUUUACCAAACAGUGAUGACCCUUGUGAAACGCAUGAAUAUCCAUGAGCUCCGAUUUCCCACACUACAGUUUCAGGAUGCCAAAUAUAGGGUUCCAGAAUCUUCCCCUUAAUAUCUACAUUGUGGUGUUUGGGACAGCCAUCUUUGUCUUCAUCCUCAGCCUCCUCUUCUGCUGCUACUUAAUAAGGUUACGGCACCAGGCGCACAAAGAGCUAUAUGCAUACAAACAAGUCAUUCAGAAGGAAAAAGUCAAAGAGCUAAAUUUGCAUGAGAUUUGUGCGGUGUGCUUGGAGGAGUUCAAACAGAAAGACGAGCUGGGGAUUUGUCCAUGCAAACAUGCCUUUCAUAGGAAGUGCCUCAUCAAGUGGUUGGAAGUGAGGAAAGUGUGCCCGCUGUGCAACAUGCCCGUCUUGCAGCUCGCCCAGCAGGCCGGCAGCACGGAUCCCCCUUUGCCGAUACAGCAGCCUCUACCCGGCAUCGAGAACCUGGUGUAGCAGACACAAAGCCUCUCUUAUAGUACACUACAGACACACACAAACACACAUCCCAUCACUCAUACUCUCACCUGUACAGGUACACCUUUACUAUGAGUCUGGACAGAGGGGAGAAACUGGAGUGCGUGCGCAGACGCUCACAGAAACUGUGACUCUGCAGCCCUCGUCACCUCUCCUAUCCUUGCGUUUUUUUACAAAAGGAUUUCAGUUCUGACUGAUAAUCAACUGUUUUCAUGUUUUUCUUUUCGCGGACAAUGAAGAAGAGUUGAUCUAGAAGAAGUUUACUUCUUGGCCAAGACGUGGUCUAUAACUUUUUCUCAACCAAAGCACUUUUCUGGGGACACCAGCUAAAGACCAGGAGGAAAGAAAAAAAAAACACAGAAGCCAAGAACUACAAUACACUAAAAUAUAAAUAGUUUAAUUAUUUUUUAACAAGCACUUUACAA